AUGUCACGAAGUGAAGAUGACAGUUGCUCCUCAAGUGAAGAUGAAGAGGUAUCUGUAGACGAAACCAAAGUACAAGAAUUGGAAAACAAGAUUGUAGCAAACCCGUACGACUAUGGAACACAUGUUGAACUACUGAACCUUCUCAAUAAGGGUGGCGAUGUGGACCGAUGUAGAGAGGUCCGAGAGCGGAUGAGUGGUAUUUUCCCCCUCACUCCGGAGAUGUGGCUAGCCUGGAUCAAGCAGGAACGCCUCUUUCUCCCUCUGGAUCCGACCCGAGUCAGGGACACCCUCAGGAACCUCUACUCCAGGGCUGUCAACGACUACUCAUCGGUGAGGUUGUGGUGUCAGUACUGUUCUGAUGCAACUAGUGUCCUGGACUAUGAAGAGACCAGGAUUAGAGAGAUAUUUGAGCAAGCUCUAUCUGCCAUUGGGCUUCACGUGACAAAGGGUAGCGAGCUGUGGGAUCAGUACAGGCAGUAUGAGGACACACUCCUACAAACUAUAAAAGAGAAGCUUGCGGAGGACAACUGUACUGAGAAGGAGUUCCUACAGGACCUAUAUAACAAACAGAGAAGCAGGGUGGACAACUUAUUUCAAAGACAACUUGCUGUUCCUCUCAACGGUUUGGAGUAUGCAAUGUCAGAGUAUAAGACUUGGUUAGGAGGGGCUCAUGCUGACAUUCCUAUUGCCCUUCAAAACAGAUACGAAACAGCCCUCAAGAAACUUCAAGCUGUCACCUCUUACGAACAAGCGCUGGAUAACACUGCGCCUCCACACGAGGAGGAGUAUUUCUACUAUAUCGAGCAUGAGAGAAAACACGGUGACCCUGCUAGAGUCAUCUGUUUAAUGGAGAGAGCUAUUACAGACAAUCCUCUCAACUCCAACAGAUGGGUCGACUACCUCAGAUACUUGGACCAAAUCCUAAAAGUGAAAAGUGUGGUGUUAUUAGCGUACAGUAGAGCAGUAAGGAAUGUUCCCUGGAUAGUAGAAGUGUGGACUCAAUACAUGCUAGCUCAGCAACGCUACCAGCUUCACUUCUCCCACAUUGACGAGACGUUGGAAGAAGCACUGAAGAACGGUUUCCAGGACUCAGCCAGCCACUUAUCCCUCUGGAGGUGUUAUCUGUCGUGUCACUGGAGACAGGAACGGUUCCAGCCUCUCAAUACAAACGGAUCCGAGAAGCAUCUAGAUAACAACCCUCUGAACGCAGCUUUUCAGCGGGGUAUUAAUUUCAUCAACCAGACCUUUGGAGAAGAAGGAGACCCUCAAGGAUUGAGAGAUGACGUACAAAGCUUUCGAGUUUUGAUGUCGGGACUUUUUGAAUCCAAGAUUUACAAAGAACAAACCAGUUUGUGGCUGAAGUAUAUCGCACUGGAGCUACGGUUUGGUGAUAUCACAGAGGCUAGGAGGAUAUACCAGAAAGCAGUUCAAUGUAACACAGACAAUCCUCAGAUGAUUAUUCAGAGAUUCCUGAACUUUGAGAGUGUUCAUGGUACGCUAGAAACGUUCGAUAACACAGCAGUGAAGUGUCGGAGACAGCAGAAGAAAAUUGACGAAAAAUCAGCGAAGGAAGCCGAAAAGUUGGCUCUUCAAAACAAGAGAUCAUCGGAAAACAAAGGAAAGAGCAGGCCGAACGCUAAAGAAGGUUUUGGUAAAAGUAAAAACGAUCAAAAGAACAAACACGACAAUAAACCAGCCUCGUCAAAGAAAAGAAAAAUCUCAUCAGAACCCGAGAAUCAGAAGGACACUAAAGUUAUGAAACAAAACACCAAAAGUCAGAGAAAAUCUUUCCCUAAAAAGCCCGCCACAGACUCAACAGAAAUUGACAAGAGCAAAUACCCUCUGACUAUAUUCGUCAGUAACUUGUCGUACGAUGCGACAGAGGAUGAUCUGAACAACACGUUUAAGCACGUGGGCAGUAUCGUGGACAUCAGACUGGUGAAGAGCGUCAACAACAAGUCUAGAGGGUUCGGAUACGUUGAGUUCCACAGAAGAGAAGAGGUGAUGGCUGCUCUGGAGAUGGACCGAGUGCCUGUGCUGAACAGACCUUGUUACGUUAACGAGUGCAAAGAAAAGACUGCUGACGAUAAAACGGAGUUCAAGUAUAAGAUGGGUAUGGAAAGUCACAAACUGUUUAUCAAUAACCUUCCCUACGAAACAACUGAAUCUCAGUUGAGAGACAUGUUCGGUAAAAUCUCCGAUAUCAAAAGUCUUAGAAUGGUAACUACCAAGAGUGGAAAGUUCAAGGGAUUUGCUUACGUUGAGUACUCGGACAGCGAAUCCGCUAAGAAAGCAAUUCUUGAACUAAACGAUAAUAUGAUAGGAGAUAGGAAAAUGAGCGUUGCUAUUUCAAACCCUCCGGGAAAAUCAGCUGCACCAAAACACUCUGAUUCCUCUUUGAUUUCUGAGAAAGCUGAAGACGGCACUAAGAGGAAAAUGAAGAUGAACUUCAUGAUUCCGCGAGCUAUCAGCAAACCUAAGACUAAACAAUCAGACGAAGUAAAGACCGAAAAUAAAGCGGCUGCUUCUAAUUCCCUGACUGAUAGUAAUAGCACACUCGGUAACCUCUCAGAAAGCAGGUCUAAAGCUAUAAGUCGUGAUGAAGCACCUAAACAAAUGUUAUCGAACUCUCAGUUCAGUAAACUCUUUUACAAGUAAUUUAUAAUAAUAUUAAUAUUACCUGGCUAAUGAUUACUGCAUUGGAAAAUUAGUAAUGUUCCCAAUAAAGGCGAUAUUUCCGAUUUAAGUCUGAAGACUUA